GCAAGAUGUCGGCAGUCAAGAGAAAACGUGGAGGCAAAGGGACUGGACCGAAAAAGGCUAAAAAGGGUAAAUUCGUUGAAAAUGGAGAGCAGCGAGAAAAUCUGGCAACGCAACAAGAGCAGGCAACAAUCAUCAGUGUCCCACGCCCCGUUUCUCAGGGCAAGUGGAAAAACAAAGAGCGCGUGCUCAUUUUCUCCUCGCGAGGCAUUAACUUCAGGACGAGACACCUGAUGCAGGACCUCCGGACAAUGAUGCCGCACGCCAAAGCAGAUACCAAAAUGGAUAGGAAAGAUAAACUGUUUGUUGUUAAUGAGGUUUGUGAAAUCAAAAACUGCAACAAGUGCUUAUUCUUUGAGGCGAAGAAAAAAAAAGACCUCUAUAUGUGGGUCUCCAAUACUCCUCAUGGGCCUUCAGCGAAGUUCCUAGUUCAGAACGUGCACACUCUUGCUGAGCUGAAAAUGACAGGGAAUUGCCUGAAGGGAUCCAGACCGCUGCUCUCCUUCGAUCCAAAAUUUGACGCUGAGCCUCAGUACGCCUUGCUAAAAGAGCUGUUCAUACAGAUCUUCUCGACACCCCAGUAUCAUCCGAAGAGCCAGCCGUUUGUGGACCAUGUCUUCACCUUCACGAUCAUGGACAAUAGGAUAUGGUUUAGAAACUACCAGAUCAUCGAAGAGGACGCGUCCCUCGUGGAAAUCGGCCCCCGUUUUGUCCUUAAUCUCAUCAAAAUAUUUCAGGGCAGCUUCGGUGGGCCAACGCUGUAUGAAAACCCCCAUUUCCAAUCCCCUAACACGUAUCGGCGCAUGGUGCGCCAGGCCAUGGCCAGCAAGCAGAAGGAGAAGCAGCUGGUGAAAGAGAUCCGUCUGGAGAAGAGGAAGGAGGUGAAGGAGCUGCCCACGGCGGACGUCACGGAGGACGUGUUUGUCACGCCGGCAGAGGAGAAGCCCGUGGAGGUGGAGCUGGAGGCACCAGCCCCGGAGCGGAAGAAGAAACUGAAGCUUACCGAGCUGAAGAGGAGGACCUGGUUAAAACGCAAGGGCCUGAGGUGAAGGACCUGCCACGUGCCCCCAUCUCAACCCCUGACCCCAGCUCCAGGUUUCAAGCCCAGAUCUUCAUGGAUCCAAAGGCAGCUCCAUCUCCUGCUGCUCCCUGCCAUGUGUGGGGCCCAAAAGGAUAGUUUUUACAAUAAACCCCCUCCCCGCUGUGUCAGUCAUUCUGAACCUUAAAAUGUGGGUCUUAAGGCCUGAAGCUGUUGGAUACUUUGGUAUAUGGCACGUGUUGUUUUCAUUUUUAGGGUUUUGUAUGGUGCCUCACAGCAGACGGCUACACACCCAGGACCGCCUUGUCUGGACUCUGUAACAUACAGACUCAUCUGUAUUUUACUGUGUAUAGGAUGAGCUCUUGAUUAACAAAUUAAAAUAAAACCUGCUCUUGUUAUUUCUAUGCUGAUAUUUGUUACAAGAAAAUUAAACGUUUAGUCUGA